AUGGCACCUACGGGAGUUGCUGCCCAGAAUAUAGGAGGCAAAACAAUCCAUUCGUCCUUAAAAAUACGCUUGAGAAACGGCCGUUAUCAAACCCUAAUUCACUCUAACCUUGAAAAUGAAACAAGACUAAAACGAAUUGAA